CGGACGGCGCUAGCCGGUGCUGAGCAAGGCGCGCGCUUUGGUGAGCGGGUCCGCCUCAGGUCUGGAGGGAGGGAAGGCCGGCCAAACCAGACCCGGAGAUGUUCGGACGCGACGCGGAAGUCCUCUGGGACCCCACUCCCAAUGACGCUGCACAUGGGCGGCCUGCAAAUGCCUGGGGGUCCCUGGCAGAGCUGGGGCCAGUCGCGUGAAAGCCGAGCUGUGCCGGGAGCGAGGGACGCGCGCUGGCCUCAGGGCCACUGUUACCCUGGCGGGCGGACGGAUGGACAAAGGGUCGGACCGAUGGAGGCCUGGACGAACCCUCACACCCCCAUCUCCCCUCCUGGCUCAGAGAGGAGGCUGCAGUUGCACGGCGCAACCGGAGCCAGCCGAGGCGAGGGUCCGGGCCGGCCUCCAGUACCAUGGCCAGAUGCCGCCACCACUCCGGGUACUUGGCUGAUGACGAGGCAGGCCACACCACUUACAUGGCGCGGGUGCAGCCACCCAGGAAGCCACUGUUCCCGGAAAUGAGGCCAACCUCCAAGCUGGGUCAUGAGCCACACCCACCAUCGCUGUAUGGCCCUUCAGGCAGCUCAGUGCUCCGUGGCCACCGCCGAAGUGCUUGGGGCACUCAGCCCUUUGGCAGCUUCCUGGACUUUCUGGUCAAGGGCCAGGUGCUGGACAGCCUGCAAACAGUGGUGGAGGAGGCAACGGAACGUGUGGCGGCCAUGAAGACAGAAGCUGGGGAGCCCCUGGUGGAGGUGCAGGACCCCAUGGAAACAUACAGCAAGGGGCAGCGGGCACGGGCCCGGCCCAGCCCCAGUACCGUGUACCGGCACCGGAUGCGGCCCAGCCUUUGCACCGGGCACCUCAAUAACUACCCAUCCUGCUCCAGCUCUGGGUCUGAUUCCCGCAGCAGCCUCUCAGCUGGCGGGCUGGGCUUACGCAGCCAUGACAACGACCUGGGUGCCCAUGGUGUGGGCCCCCUGCCCCCCAUGAGAGACAGACUGCUGCUGGAGAGGAACCUCAAGCGGUUGCUGUGGCUGGAGAACAAAGGGGUGAGGUCCGGGGCUGAGGCCAGGGCAGGCGGGAUGGAACCCAGGGCCCUGGCUGGGCUGGCGGGGCUGCCCCCAGUGCCUCUCAGAGUCCCCCUCUCUCUGCAGAAAGGCCAGAGUAAACCUUCCUCCCAGAGGGACUCCCUGCUGUGGGACUCGAUGGGCAGCCAGGCCAGCAGCCAGUGGACACCAGAUCAGCCCCCGUCCUGGUUCUCAGGGUUGCUGGGCUCAGGCUCCGGCACACCCGCAGCCUCAGACCUGGGGCCCACUGAGCGGGAGCUCAUCUUCCUCAAGCGGGAGUUCAACAAGGAGAUGAAGUCACUGCUGAGCCAACCAGCCUCCUUCGACCUGCCACCCUACUGCUCUGCCCGAGAGCCCUAUCACACACUGGACUUCCUGGCCAAGCACCACCUUUUUCCUGCCCUGCAGCGCGUGAUCCACCAGGCCGUGGACAAGCUCAGUGGUGCCUGCCGCCCCGACGGCUGCCCCCUUUUCCCGAUGGCCUACGAGUCCACCCCAGAACCAGAGCCAGAGCCGCCACCAGGCUCCAUGCCAUCAUCGCCUGACGAGGAUCCCAAUGACGGAGAGGAGGAGCCCUACGAGUCGCUCCCCACCUCGGUCUCCAGCCCCAAGAUGGGUUACAGAAAGAGCGCCAAGGGCAGAGGAUGGGGCAAAGUAAAAGAAGGGGGAUCUCCCGUGUCUGGCACCCAGGUGGCCACCAAAUUCAGGCUCAAGAGUCCCCAUCUCAAGUUCACCAGGAAGAAACCACUGCCUUCCGUUUCAUCCAAGUCCUCCACGUCCCACUUCUCCAGCCCCUGGCACGAGGAGCUCAUCAGCUUCCUGGUGGACCAGGCCAUCUCUUUGCUCCUCUGCAAGUAUAAGUUUGAGAGGAGCCUCCACAAGCAGCUCGGCUUCAUCUCCUUCCCAGUUACCGAGCUGCUCCUAGACCUCUUCUUGGGCUUCAAGAAGGUGAAGGGUUCCAGCAUCCGCCUGUCCUCGCAGAUCGACUGGACCUGCCUAUUGCGCAGGCUGGAGGAGGCCCAGUGGAUCCGCCAGCUCUCCCACCACACCUCCCGGCGUGGCGCCUCCCAGCGUACCACUGAGUCACCCUCCACGCUGCCCAAGCCCACCACCACCACUGACCAGGAUGAGGCCACUGAGCCCUACCUUCCCCCCAAAAUGGAGCGACUCAGUCCACAGAAGCCCACUGCCGAGGGGGAGGAGGAGGAGGAAGAACAUGAGGAGCACGUCAGCCCAUUGGAGCCCAAGCUCUCAGUCUCCUCCAGCACCAGUGUUGGCUCCAGCCCCUCCAAGUCCAAGGACGUGGCCAAUGGUAAGAUCAUCGAGGGCAGUGACGAGGAUGAGGAUGAGGACGAGGAUGAGGACGGGGACGAGGACGAGGACAAGGAUGAGGAUGAGGACGAGGACGAGGAUGAGGAUGAGGAUGAGGACGAGGAUGAGGGCUCUUCUGGGGACAAGGCUGAGUGUCAGGGGCUCCCUGAGCCCAUGGUGCUGGUCAAGGUCAACAGCUCCCUGAAGGUGGGUCACGGUGACCCCCCGUGACCUCCCAGGGACCACACCAAGCGCUCGUUCCCUCCUCCUGUUCCGCUGGAGCUGUUGCCCACGCCCACUGAGCAGGGGUCAGACGGGCAGGAAUGCCCACGAGGAUAUUUGCUGAGGCCCUCAGGGAAGCCAACAAGAGAAAUAAAGCAUUGUUUUGCUAAAAAAAAAAAAAAAUUCUGACAAGUUUAUUUGGUUUCAGAAAAGGUUCGUGAACCAGCAGCACUGUCUCAGUGAGGCACGCUCCACCAGAGAAAAGCUGGCGUUUUUAUGACGUAAAAGGCAGAGAGAGAGAGAAGCAAAACAAAGUAAAGCGUCUUUCAGAUAUUUUGACUUGCCAUCAGGUCAUGCAAGAGCAGGACAUACAGAAAACCCGAACAUUUAAACUGAUCUAUUUUUUUUUUAUUCAAGAAGGUCUGAUGACUGCCUGAGCUAAAACUUCUGAGCAAGCAGGCAGGAAAAAUGUGCAGACCAAAAAAAUGUUUGCGCUUACCAGUGAGGUCAACAACCAAGCCCGUUGCUGUCAAGUCGAUUCUGACUCAUAGCAACCCUAUAGGACAGAGUAGAACUGCCCCCAUAGGGUUUCCGAGGAGCGGCUGGUGGAUUUGAACUGCCGACAUUUUGGUAAGCAGCUGAGCUCUUAACCACGGCGCUACCAGGGCUCCAAUGAGGUCAGAGGAGAUAGAAAUUUCCAGCAGGGGCAGGCGCCUGAGGUGGAAUGGUUUAAACCUCUUUAACUCCAUCAAGUCUGGAGAAUUAAGUACAGGUUCAACAGCUUAUGGGGCACAGUUCCUCUCCUGAGAAGUUAGCCCCCCUUUUCAUUCCUCCACCCUUACCGUUGAGCACCAGCUUCGGUGAGCCAGGCCCUGGCUGUGGCUGGGCUUCAUGGCAGUGGGCAGUCCUACAGCCUCUUCCCAAACACCAUGUCGCAGGUACCUCAGGGUCGCCCCUCUCCCCUGGCACCUUGCUUCCUUGUGACCGCCUUGCUGAGUGGCUCUUCUCAACUCUCAUCUUCCUGACCCUUAGAGCCUCUUAGGAGGGUCCCCAAUCCCUCCUCCUGUGGACAUGCACUCACCCUCUCUUUGCUCCCACAGCCACUUAUCUUCUGGUUCAUGUUUCCCAGCUCCCUCCCAAGAAUCUGGAGUUUCCAUUGUGGUCAUUGGCUUGAUGGGCCAAACAGCUGAGCUGUGGCUAGCACCUUGACUUCCUUCAGCCGCGGCUAUGGACAAGACAGCUCUCUCUAGAGGGCCUGUAGGUGCAGCAGAUGCAGCAGUUGGCAGAUCUCCAUGUGUGGAUUUUGGGUGCCACCAGCCCCCUCCUUGCCUCUGCCUUCCCAUGGCAGCCUGUGUCCUGCCCUGUUUCCAGCCUCUCCCCGCACCAGCCUGUGGCAUGGCUAGGCCUUGGUAGUAGCUGAGAGGAUGCUGGAAGGUCUCCACUCUGCCUCCUGGGUGCUGGCUGCCACCGGGGAAACCUAGUGGAUCUCUUCCCAUUCCCCUGGACUCUGAACCUCCCCCUGCUUUCCCCUCCACGCCUGUGCAUAGAAGCCAGGUCUGCUCAGCCAAGCCUAACCAUGAUCAGUGGCCCAGGUGUGAGGACACAGUAUGACAGAGCUCCCUCUGAGCCAGGCAGAGAGUCCCUUUCAACACUAAUCCCACAGCCUGCCAUUUGAGGAGGACUUACUCAGUGGCCAGGGCCUUAAGGUGGGUGGUUAGGGACCCAUUUUUUUCCACGAAGCUCUUGUGGCAAGGGAGUCCCUGGGUGUCAUAAAUGGUUAACACGCUCAGCUGCUAACCCAAAGGUUGGCAGUUCGAGUCCACCCAGAGGUACUUUGGAAGAAAGGCCUGGCAAUCUGCUUCUUAAAAAAUCAGCCACUGAAAUCCUAUGGAGCACAGUCCUACUCUGACACACAUGGGGUCGUCGUGAGUCUGAGUUCACGUGACAGCAACUGGUUUGACUGGUUUCUCGAGGCAAUGAUCCUUUAUAGCAGGAGCUCAGCUUAGAAUGCUCAUUCCCUGGUGCCAUCCACCUCCACCACUGCAGUGUAGGGCCACAGCAGCGCUUUUCAUACUUUA